AUGGAUCAAUGGUUAAAAAGGAUUAAUAAAGCAACAACAUCCAAAGAAGAUACAGAAAAAGGUGAACUUGCAAAGGAACAAUCUGCAACUACUAGUUCAAAAAACACGGAAUAUGUUCCCUCUUGUUCUGAACAGCAGCCAGGCAAAAAUAAAUGCAAGUAUGAUCCUCAGUAUUUGUCAUAUGGCUUUACUAGUACUGGUGAUGAAGAAGCCCCAGACGCCAUUUGUAUACUUUGUCACACAAGAUUAGCUAACAGUUCGUUGGCACCAUCAAAGUUGCAAAGACACAUGGAUACCAGGCAUAGUGUUUAUAAAAAUAAGGAUAAAUAUUCUUUUGAAAGGAAACUUGAAAGUUUCAAUAAAACUACAAAUUUCGUGGUGAAGAAAUACAGAACAGACAAUGAAAAUGCAACUGAAGCAUCAUAUAAAGCAUCUUACCAUAUUUCUCUUCUUGGCAAAGCACACACUAUUGGUGAAUCAUUGAUAAAACCUAUAUUGAAAGAUGUAGUUUCAUGUGUAUUUGAUGAAAAGUCUGCUCAAAAGGUUGAAUCUAUAUCUCUAUCUAAUGAUACGGUGUCGAGGCAUAUUUCUGGUGACAUUGAAACCGAACUUAAUUCACGAUUACAUGUGAUGCUUACGCGUUGCAAAUGGAUGAGUCUACAGAUGUGGCUGGACUGGCAAUUCUACUUGUGUUUGUUAGAUAUGACUUCAAUGAAACAAUUGAGAACAAUUUGCUUUUCUGUAAAAGUUUAG